AUGCAUUCAACCACUCUUUUGUUCGUCGCUGCUCUCAGUAGCGCUGUGUCCGCAGUUACGACCACGCUGCCCGCCUCGGCUGGCACUUCGUCCGCUCCCACGGCUAUCCCCGUCAAGGGUUCCUUUGACGGCGGCAUGAAGCGAUUUGAACGAAGCCCUGCGGUCUGCCAAGGUCAGAAGGAGACUGGGGAGAAGGACGCCAUGUUCAUCCUAGAGAACGGCGCCACCCUCUCCAACGUCAUCAUCGGCGCCUCUCAGGCCGAGGGUAUUCACUGCAAGGGCACUUGCACAUUGAACAACGUCUGGUGGGCCGACGUCUGCGAGGACGCCGCCACCUUCAAGCAAGACAGUGGCACCUCAUACAUCAACGGCGGCGGCGCUUUCCACGCCCAGGACAAGAUCUUCCAGUUCAACGGCCGCGGCACCAUCGUCAUCGACGGCUUCUACGCCCAGGACUACGGCAAGCUGACCCGCUCGUGCGGCAACUGCAAGAACAACGGCGGCCCCCGCAACGUCGUCGUCAAGAACGUCGUGGCCAGGGGCGGCGGCGUGCUGUGCGGCAUCAACUCCAACUACGGCGACACGUGCACCAUCACCAACUCGUGCCAGAACGGCAACAAGGCGUGCGACCUGUACGAGGGCAACUCGAACGGCAAGGAGCCCAAGAAGAUCAGCUCCGGACCCGAUGGCAAGUACUGCAAGGCCACUGGCUUCACCAAGAAUUGCUAG